UUCAAUGUGGUCAUAUCGUGUGGCCGGUGGUGUACUCAAUUCUCCGAAAAGAUAAACACCUGAACAGCCAAUACAAUAGGACAGUUCUAUUCAUAAUAAAUCCAGUGUUUUGAUUCUUUACUGUUGUUUUUCGUGACAAGUUAACAGUGCGAAAGUUCAAGUUCAUCCAGAAGACGUACCAUCAACCGGAGAUAUAUAUUUCCUAUGCAGUUACUACGAGUGAAUUCAAUUGUUUAAAAUUACUGUAGCAUCCAAAGAUUAUUAUGAUAAAUCAAAGAUGGAGCCUGCGGACUGGUCUCUUUAUUCUCUGCCUAGCAAUAAUUUCACACAACACUUUAGGAGCUGUUUUAAGAGACGCAAACGAGCGAGCAAAACGACAAGCUGAAAUAGAAAGAACAAACUGGACUGAAUUGGCGGAUGAAUGGCUGAAGGCGAAAGGAAGGAUCGAGGAAAAAUUGGUCACUGUGGUACCAGAUCAUGGAGAAAUCCGGGAUCUUCCAACCCCUGAGACCGUUGUUGAUGGAAUGAGCACCGAAGACAUGCGCAGGACGAACUAUUCGAGAAUGCUCUGGGACAUGGAGAGUGCUCAGCAGGGGGGCCACCUUUCCCUCUUCGUCGACAAAGCAAUGAGACUUCUCGAUCUUCGUCAGGUGAUGAUCGAAGUUGAGACUUCAGUCAUGUCGAAAGUGUCGUGUUCAGCUUGUAAAGUUGGCGCUGGAUUCCUCCAGCAUUACAUUAAAUCUGGAAAAACCGACAAGGAAAUCAUGAGCAGUAUUUAUCAAUUCUGCGUCUCCCUCAAGAUCCAGAGCCCCAGGGUGUGCGAGGGUGUGACACUCCUCUUCGGGGGUGAAGUUAUUUAUGUUCUGAAGCAAGUGAAUAUGGGGGCCAGUCAAAUCUGCAGUUUUGUCAUCGGUGAUGCAUGCGAUGAUGCGUACAAUCCCCAGCACGAGUGGGAAAUAGCAUUUCCACCGGUUAAAAAGCCCCCCGUGGUGGCACCAGUACCUCCGAAGGAGGGCACAAGAACUUUCAAAGUUCUUCACAUAUCGGACACACAUUACGAUCCUUAUUACCAAGAGGGGAGCAAUGCCGCGUGUAAUGAGCCACUCUGCUGUAGAUUGACCAAUGGCCCUCCUAGUACCCCAUCCAAUGGUGCGGGAAAAUGGGGUGACUACAGGAAAUGCGACACCCCCAAGAGAACUGUCGAUCACAUGCUCAAGCAUAUUCAGGAUACACAUCCGGAUAUUGAUUAUAUCCUGUGGACAGGUGAUUUGCCUCCCCAUGACGUGUGGAAUCAAACGCGGGAGGAGAACCUGAAGAUUCUGAACGACACAGUGAACCAGAUGAUAGAGACGUUCCCGAGGGUACCAAUUUUUCCCGCCCUGGGGAAUCACGAGUCGGCACCUGUCAAUAGCUUUCCACCACCAUUCGUACCAGAGGAGAACAGCAUAUCCUGGUUGUACGAUGAAUUGGACGAACAGUGGAGGCGUUGGUUGCCAGCUGGUGUCUCUCAUACUGUGAGACGAGGCGCUUUUUACUCCGUCCUGGUGAGACCCGGCUUCAGAAUUCUCUCUGUCAAUACCAAUUACUGCAACAACAAAAAUUGGUGGCUGCUCAUCAACAGCACAGAUCCAGUCAAUGAGCUGCAGUGGCUUGUUUACGAACUCCAGGGAGCGGAGAUGAAUGGCGAGAAGGUUCACAUAAUUGGACACAUUCCACCUGGACACUCGGAUUGUCUCAAGGUAUGGUCGAGGAAUUACUACAGCAUCAUCAACAGAUACGAGUCAACGAUUACAGCUCAAUUUUUCGGUCACACUCAUUACGACGAAUUCGAAUUAUUUUACGAUACGUCAGAUCUCGGUCGUGCUGUCAGCAUUGCCUACAUUGGGCCCUCGGUAUCACCUUACUACGAUCUCAAUCCAGGGUACAGAAUAUACUACGUCGAUGGGGAUGAUAAAGCCACGACGAGGAUGGUCGUCGAUCAUGAAUCAUGGGUUAUGAAUCUCAAAGAAGCUAAUCUCUACAAUAUUCCCAUUUGGCAUAAAUUGUACAGUGCACGACAGGCGUAUCAGAUGCCAUCACUUCUGCCGAGGGAUUGGGACUCUUUGAUUGAUAAGAUGACCAAUGAAGCCUCCAAUUUCGAUCUUUAUUACAAACACUAUUAUAAAAAUUCACCAGUUCGACCGCCUUGUAAUGACGAAUGUCGAAAGCGUCUGCUGUGUGAUCUUCGGAGUGGUCGGAGUCAUGACAGAAAAGCUCUCUGUCAAAGUCUCGAGUCUCGAAUCGACGGUGAGACGAGAACCGGAUGGAGAGAAUGGAUUUACAACGGUUUAGCAUUAUCGUACGUACAAAAUUGGUGGAUGAAAAUUCAUUAUAACGGCGAUACGGAUACCAAUAAUGUCGCCUAUCAGUCUCAUAAUACGUAGAGCAUGAAAUCUAACUGGAAGAAUUUAAUGGAAGAAUUUAAAAACUCACUCUCCAGGAAAUAUCAGUGAAUAUUUUUUCAAGUUUUUGGAAAAAACAUGGAGUUCUUCUAUUUAAUUUUUUCGUACGUCUAAUAACGACUCUAGUAUGUAACCAAUGGCGAAUGGAAUUGCUCAACUUUAUUAUUAAUCUAUUAAUCCUCUCUCUGUCUUAAAAAUUAAUUUAAUAUUUCUUGUGUUAUUUAAUAACAAAUAGACUGAACGCAUGGCGAGUGAUAAGACGAACCAAAUAUUUGAGACGAGUGCCACUCUGUAAAUAAUUUUGCAAUCGCUGCACCGAAUUAAUUAUAAAGUAGUAAAUUGCACAAUUAUUUAUUGAAGUAUUCCCAAAAUGCUUUUACUUUGAUUUUAUUGAAUUAUUGUUUCAGGAAAUUCUUUUCUAGAAAAUCUGGUGGCUCAGACAAUAAUUAGAAUAAUUGUAACACUUCUGCAGUCAGUCUCACCAGCUUUAUUCGUUUAUUUAUUGUUAACUUAGUGGUUAAUGUUUUUAUGGCGGGCAUUAGAUGUAAGUCGAAGGUAAUGUACAAAUUUGGGGAUUUGUUGAAUAAAAAGUGGCGGGGGAUGUUUUAAAUUGCUGUAUAUAUCAACGCUUCGACUUCCUUCCAGAGAUGUGGGCUACAUAAUUUUUAUUCUUGAGUUAUUGUACAUAUUUUCUUCUCCAGUGAACUCCUGGUUUGCAAAUCAUAUUUUUUU